AUGAUAAAGGAGAUGGAAGUAGGCUUGGUCAAUUUCUGGAUAACAAGACGUUUGGCUUGUUUGACGUCCGCACGUUUACCUGUGAUCAAAAAUGUUCUUUUCUUGGUGUGUUGCGAAGUGGUACACUCGAUGUUCGUGGCAGUGUUAGUCUUAAUGGAGGUCAUGAUCUUGAUGAAGUUGGGACGGGCCACGUUCAAUUGGUCUUCGGCGUCCAAGGAAAAGGCCUCUUGCACAAUACCAGAGGAUCUCUUUUUGGGGGCCGAGCCCGAGGAAGAAGGCGCAGACACGGGAGCGGAAACGGAUCCAGUAGAGUUGGGACCCCAGGAGGAAGCGGAGCUAGAAAUAGCAGCAGGAGAAGAUGCCUUGGACAGGCCACCUAAUACCGGGAAAGCCGAUUCGUCAUUCAAGGAACGAGGGCUGUCAGUCGAGGCGGUGGUUUCGGAAACAGGUGUAACAGACUCUUGA